AUUCUUGUUUUUCUUUCUAGCCCGCUUCUCUAUCAGUCAACUCUGGGUCACAGACUAAUACUUGGUUUCUACUAUGCCCGCGAUGCGGUGGGUGAGGGCUAAGAUGGCCGAGGACUCCUUUCAAGAGGAAUAGAGGUUUGCAGGAAAGAAAAAUAAAAGAAUUCCCCGCUUACACUACAUCGAGGAACAGAGUGUUUAUCUCCGAUCUCUGGUAUUUGGGUGUUGCUGUACCUCGGGGGUGUUCGCGGCCAUAGAACACGCGGAAACCUGCGUAGGAGGGUACGAGGAAUUGACGAAUGCAAAACCACCACAAUGCGUUUGCGGGUGCUUAUUCUGCUCUCGCUGGAGACAGUAGCUAUAUAGUAUCCCUCUUCCUUCCUCGGUUCUCCCUUUCCUCUACCUCCUCAUCCUCGUCCGUCUGCAAUCCUGCCAAUCAUCACAAAGCUUUCUGCCACCAUCCACCUCGACCUCCUCCAGCACAAACAAGCAAAGUUACACGCUUUAACCAUCAAAUCUUCUACUACACCAACUACGCCAGACCUGCGUUCGUAUCCUCGGCCACUAUGACGGGAAUUCCACAGAGCGAGGCUCCGAUAUACUAUGCAUGGGUAGUUUUUGGGGUGAUAACUCUAGUUGGGAUCGGGUUUUACUACAGGUAUUUUCCACCGUAGAUAUUUCGUGGAGAGAGACGGCCCUGAUUCUAAGAAUACGUGAUAGGGGGGUUACGGAGAGAUACGAACACGAUAGGAAGGAUUCGGGCAAGGAAGAGAAAACUCGCAGAGAGUGAGAGUGGGAGUGGGGAUAGGUCCCGGACAACGUUCGCGAAAUUGAUUUUUUUUAUUGGGAUGGCGGAGAGCGGGGCUGUUUUUCAUUUUUUCUCCGGGCAUUGAUUAUCACCUGUUAUUAUUUGCCCGGUUUGUGAAUGGAGG